AUGGCGGCGCCAGCGAAGACCUCGGAGGCCAAGGGCAAGAGCUACAGCGGCGGCAAGGGCGGCUUCAACGCCAAGAAGCGCCCCGCCGGCCAUGGCGAGGACGGCAAGAAGUCGUUCAUGGACCAGAAGCUGGCCAAGAAGCAGCGCAAGAUGCAGCGCCCGCACUACGAGAUGGUGACGCGCGCCAAGCAGAUCUGGAACGUCAUCCGCGAGCGCGACGUGGACAAGCAGAAGCGCGCCGCGCUCGUGGAGGAGCUCUUCUCGCUCGUGAAGGACAAGAUCUACGACGUGGCGGCCAAGCACGACGCCUCGCGCGUCAUCCAGUCGCUUAUGCAGCACGGCAAGCCCGAGCACCGCUCGCAGAUCGUGCUCGAGAUGAAGGAGCACCUGGUCGAGCUGGCCAAGAUGCAGUACGGAUGCUUCCUCGUGCAGAAGAUGAUCCGCUACGGCAGCGUGGACGACCGCGCGGCCAUCGUCAAGUGCCUCACGGGCCACGUCGUCCAGGUGGGCACGCACAACAUCGCGGCCAACGUGCUCGAGUACGCGCAGGAGUACCUCAAGCCGUCGCAGCUCACGGCGCUCAAGCUCGAGUUCUACGGCCGCGAGUUCGCCUACUUCCAGUCGGAGAGCAAGCGCAACCUCGCGGACAUCAUCGCGGCGCACCCGGACAAGAAGGAAGAGGUGCUUAAGCACCUCAGCAGCAUCCUGAACCGCAUGGUGGACAAGCAGCUCCUUGGCCUGGCGUUCGUGCAGUCGCUGCUUUGGGAGUACAUGUGCAACGCGGAGCACAACGACGUGAUGCAGAUGGUAGCCAACGUGCGCGACGCGUCGCUGGCGCUGCUGGCCACGCGCAAUGGUGCUCGUGUUGUGAACAAGUGCAUCUCGCUCGGCGCCGCUAAGGACCGUAAACGCAUUAUCAAGGCACUCAAGGACAAGGUGCUGGACGCGUGCAACCACCCGAGUGGUUACCUUGUGAUCAUGCGUAUCCUGGAUGUGGUGGAUGACUCCGUUCUGGUGCAGAAGUCCAUUCUGGCUGAGUUGAAUGACCACCUCUUCUCGAUUGCGAUGCACCCGAGCGGACGCAAGGUUCUUCUGCAGCUGUUCAGCCCCCUUAACACCAAGUACCUUUCGCCGGACGACCUUGCGCUGUUGGAGCCUCCCAUGCUGCCGUCACCCGAGGACCCGACCGUCAUGGUGGUGAACUACAAGAAGGACCCGGACGCUCGUCGCGAGGAGCUGUUGAAGGGCCUGCUGCCCAAGCUGGAGGAGAUGUGCGUCGAGAACGCUGCUGCCCUGCUGCGUUCGAAGGAGGGACGUGACGUCAUAGUCGAGGUUGCGAAGAGAAGCGAGAGCACAGACCUGGCUGACAGCGUUGCUGUUGCUGUGCUGGCCGAGCCCACUGAGGAAGAAGAGGAGCCUCUGCACAGCGAUGCCAACGGCCACUUCGCUCUUCGUCGCCUGAUCAAGGAGACGUCAAUGGCGGAACCUCUGCUCACUGCUGUCGAAGAGAAGCUGCCGGAGUGGGCGUCCACCAACCGUGGCUCGUUCGUGGUGCUCUCGUUCGUGGAGACUGAGAAGGGCCCCAAGAACGCUUCCAAGAUUGUCAAGAAGGCGCUCAAGCCUGUGAUGGGAGACCUGAAGAAGCACGCCGACAAGCAGAAGGGCACUAAAUUACUUCUUGAGAAGCUCCAAUAGAGAGGAGAUAGCUCAACUUUAUAGAUCCAAAGGUUUUUG